CAGUGAGAAGGAAAAACGGGAGUAGAAGUCUCCAAAACCCUCUCUGGUCUGUUGUGGCAGAAGGUAAUCUGCGUUCAUCUUCCUCCGAUCCCCGACUGAGAAAUUGGAAGAGUGACUUACAGCACAAGACAUUCGUUUAAAAAUGGCUGCCAAUGGAGCUGUUAGUGUGGAAACGAAGCGAAAAAUAGCAUCAGCUCUGGGCAAGCACUUCUCUGUAUCGCCUCAGUCAGAAUCAUUGAGUGAUGUGGGGAACUCUGAUGUUAAGAGCUUGUACUCCAACAUCCUGAAGUUAUCUGGAAAAUCCACUCCAUUGAAUGGUCAAGAUGAGGUGAUGAAAUGGAUAGGAUUUUCAGAGAGUUUUCCUCAAGACUCUAAGGCUUGUUGUCAAGCUCUCAGCAGAUUAGACGAUGAGUUGCUUGUAAAGUCUGUACUUUUGGCGAAUGGACUCACGCCGUCGGAAGCUGAUGUUAUUGUAUUCUCGGCCAUACAUUCUUUUGUGAUUGGCCUACCGCAGUCAGAAAAGGAGAAGUUCCUGCAUGUAUUCAGAUGGAUGGAUUACAUACAGCACAAAGAAGAUUUUGGUGAACUGUUUGAGAAAAUACCACUGGAAAAGGAUGAAUUUGUCCCACAGGUACGAGAUGCCCCCAGUGUAGGAAAAUUAGAAGCAGAUCUAAAUGCGAAGAAGAUUGGACAAAACACAAAGAAGGCAGAAGCUGACCAAACUGCCAACAAAAGUGAACCUGAGAACUCAAAGAAAAAAGUUCAAGCAAAGAAGGAAUCUACCGAGGAGAAGAAGAAACCUACAGAGGAGAAGAAGAAACCAGCUACUACAGAAGUUUUAGAGAAAGAUAAAGAAUUGAGUGUCAGUUUGCUUAACCUACAGGUUGGGCUUAUCCGCAAGGCAUGGAAGCAUCCAUCAGCUGAUAGUUUGUUGGUUGAAGAAAUAGAUGUUGGGGAAGGCAAAGUGAGGCAGGUGGUUAGUGGUUUGGCAAAGUACUACAGUCCAGAACAGUUAACAAAUCGACGUGUUGUGCUGAUUACAAAUGUAAAGCCGGGAAAGCUCCGAGAUGUGAUGUCAGAAGGACUGGUAAACUCUAAUUAUACUUUUCAUUGUCAUGCAAUCAUCUUUACUACCUUUUGUAUGCUUUCGAAGUUCAUUCAGCAUUUCAAUGCCAUUUCACAAGCUUCAAGGCCAUUAUUGUAUGCUUAGGAGCUUAUGUACAUAUUCUUCCCUUUUUAGACUGAAGAGAAUAACGUGGCUAUUGCUGAUUAAGUAGCUAAAUAUUCUUAAUUGAUUAUUUAGAGGAGUUACCUUAUGUUAGAUCACUAACUUAGGAAGGUCUCUAGUAGACCUCUGUGUAUAUAUUGACAGCCCAAGUUAGGCUAAUAAUAAGAAGAAAAAGAACCGAGGAAACAACCUCAGGAUUCUCCAAAAACUUUCAUGGUAUCAGAGCCUACUCUGACCUAAUUCCGCCGUCGAUCUGACCGUAUUCUCCUAUCCCUCUUUCUCUUCUUCAUUUUUCUGGAAAACCCGCCAUCUUCGUCAUGACGAAAGACGACUCUAGUCACUCCUCAACGAAUACAGAAGGCAGUGCUCCUCCAACAAACAACUUCAGCACCGUAACACCAACCUCCACCGAUUUUUCCAGCAUCCUAACGAGUUACAAGCUCGACGGGAAGAACUAUCUCAAAUGGUCAAAAACCGUUGAGAUGAAUAUUGCAGCCAGGAGCAGAGGAGGAUAUCUGACCGGAGCCAUCAAGCGCCCCGAAGCUACAGACCCCCUGUAUCAAAACUGGUAUGACAAUGAUGCCCUGGUCCGAAUAUGGUUGAUCCAUUCCAUGAAGCCAAGUAUCGGGGAAAACUACCUUCUCCAUCCCUCUGCGAAAGCAAUCUGGGAUGCAGCCAGAAACACCUACUCAACGGUUGAUAACACAUCUGCAUUGUUUCGGAUUGAAACACAAUUGUUUCAACUCAAACAAGGGGAGAUGGAUGUCACAGACUACUUCAACUUGCUGGGACACCACUGGCUGCACCUAGACAUGUACGAGGCAAUCGAUUGGGAGACCCCUGGAGAUCAAGAGAAAUUCAAGCAGUACAUUGAGAAGAAACGAACCCUGUAUUUCUUACUUGGUUUGAAUCAAGACCUAGAUGAGAUCAAGGGUCGGAUGAUGGGAUUGAAGCCUUUCCCCGGCAUCGAGACUGUCUUUGCUGAGAUAUUAAGGGAGGAGAGCAGACGUCAGCUGAUGCUCAAUCCUAAGCCAAGCCAAGGGGAAAGUUCAGCGUUAGCUGUUCGUAAUCCUCAGAAGAAUAAGCCACAGGACCACCCAAGUCAAAAGCGGGAUGACGAUGAGUCCGAGCUCUAUUGUGACAACUGCCACAAGCAUGGUCACGUUAGAGCUGAUUGCUGGUACAUCAUCGGAUUCCCAGCCAACUGGAAACCAAAAGGAGAAAAGAAAAACAACAAUAAUGGGGCUGGAAGACGUCGAGCUCAUGUAGCAGCUGUGGCAUCUGAGAAGAAACCAGAACCUGAAUCAACCCCUACUCCUUUUACCAAAGAGCAAGCUGGUGCCUUAGAGAAGUUCUUCAAAGCAAUGACUAUAGGGCAGCCAUCCCAACAGAAUCAAGCAGGCAUGUUCACAAGCAUGUUUGCUAACCAAGGAGGAAGGCUCCGGGAGGACGAUUGGAACUGCUGAAAGGCAUGAGGACCUCUUCAUCAUUGAAGGACGUGGUGAUGAAGAAACAAGAGGAACAAGGAGGGCUCUAGCUACUAGUAGUACUGAUAGGAUAGAUGGCCAAAUCAUGUUAUGGCAUACACGAUUAGGUCAUCCCAGUUUUGGAUAUCUCGAACGGUUGUUACCAAAUUUGUUUCGGAAUAAAAGCUCC